AUGCUUCUACGUGGUUCAGGAUUCAACAAAUCACUUCGAACAUGUUUAUGUAUAAUACAACCGAUGAGUAGUACGGCGAAGGCCGAUCUCCCUCCACUUGCAGAAGCUCUAAAACGUGGCCCCGAUCAACGAGAUAUCAGUCAAAUGGAUUUGCUCGAGGAAAGAAUCAAAAGACGGACAGAAACGCGAGAAUUGAACAUUGGUGGUGUUGCACAAAAAUGGAAUUAUCGUUCGGAAAUAGUGAAUAAACAUGGAUUGGACAACAAUCACCGUUAUAUUUGGCUGACAUAUUCAGCCAUUAUUUUAUUCGGUUUUGGUGCUUUUGUUUGGGUGAAAUCGAAUGUAGUAAUGGGCAGACAAGAAGAAAUGAAGGCGAGAGAAGAAAUACGCAAAAGUCUAAAGCUUUCUGGAACGGACCGAAAAAAGAUUGGUGUUAUCGAAGAA